CAUUUCUUCACUCGAGCGGCUUACAAAAUAUUUUAAAAAGUUUAUUUUAUUCCAUUUGUUGUGGAAAAGUGGUUAAGAUAUUUCCAACGCUUUUGCAAAAUCAAGCGAAAACUUAUUUAUACCUUUCAAUGCAAGCAACGUGACAGCGUGACAGAGCGAGGAGGGCAUCCAAACAGCGGGAAGAAGAAGACAGCGGUACGCUAAUGGAUCAGCCGCCGCUACAGCAGGCGCUAGCCCGCAAAGAACCCGAAUUCAUUGACCAUGAUCUUCCUUUGCAGUCGCUACUCACACCCACCUACAUACGUGAUUCCAACAACUUCAUAAUCGAUUUUAUAGAAUCCACGCCAUUGGUAUUUCCCAAUAAAACCAUUGUGCAUGUGUCCGGCAACAAUGGGAGCACACACACGACUGCAGCAACAAACGUAACCAGCGCAGCCGGCGAUGAUACAGUUUCAAUCGCACCCGAUUUGCAUUUUCCCAGCUCUAUUUUCCACUACCGCCCCACGCAAAGUGAUGUAGCAGCCGGUAAUGUCGCGAGUGUGGCGGAAGCGGCAUUGAAUGCAUUGAAUACAUCAGCGCAACCAACAGCGCCGCUUCCUUUAGUAAUCGGUGGCAGUGCGAACAACUCUGGUAACAAUGCCGCUACAUUCCAUGGCAAACACACGGAAUAUAUAGGAUUGAAUAGUGACUUUCUCGCCGGUAGUGUGGGCAAAAGCUAUUGCAAUGACAAUCAGGUGGUGCAUGAGGCUGGUGAGGAUGCCGCCGUGCAAGAGUUCCUUCUAACCGAUGCCAAUGUGAGUUUGGAUGAUGCCGCAGAUCUGAUGAAUGCCAGUGCCGAUGUUUUGUCUGCACAGCAUGUGUCCAUCGCACGUAAAGUUCUGCCACACAAGAAACGUAUUUCUCGCAAGUUACGCGUAUCGCAAAGCGGUGCGGACAAUGUUUUGCCCAAACCACUAGGUGGUUUGCACAAAGUGCGGGAGAAGUGGCUGAAAGUGCCAAUUUAUAGUUGUGAGAUUUGUGGCAAUACAUCGGACUCGCAAUUGCAGUUUUUUGCCCAUCUGAAGCAGCACUAUGAACCCACUACGCCGGAUACGAUAUUGGCGGCGAUGAAGACAUCUCUGGAAGAUUUGGAGCCGCAAAAAAUGUGCGCAGUGGAUAAAAAAUCUCCCAAUGAUAACGUGGACCAAGUCUUCAAUGACGUGCAUUUGAACUUCCCCGAUUUUUCGGGCGUUGACGAAACACCCAUUCGUCAUGUUAUGGAUUCAGGUGAUGAGGGAAAUGAAAUAAGUUACGUGGCUCGAACAUCAUCCCCAACGUUGAAGCGCACCGUCGAAGUGGAGUUUAGCGACAGUGAGGAUAUGCUAGAAGGCAUACGCAAUGUUGUGGAUAAGGUGUCAAUUGAAGACACUUGCGACGCGCUUGAUUUGAUGAACUCCAAUGGCAUGCGCGCUUCAUGGUUCAGCAACGACAACUUUAGUGGCAUCACUUUCAAGAAUAAACCAUUCAACGACGUUUCCUUUACUGAACCGCUUCCUCCCAUGCCUAUGAUGGCUAGCAAUUCCUUGACAACAGGUACACCGCCAAAAGAACCAACGCCGCUGCCACCUGCUGCGAAAUUACUCUCCUACCAAAAGUCAGAUCGUAGAAGAAAAAAAAUCGUUUUAGCGUUACCACCAGACGACGUUGGCGGUGGUGUCAACGUUGUCGAUGAAGCGGAAACAGAUCGUGGCACAUUCUACAAUGGCCCGUUAUCCCUCAUACGCUUACCCUGCGUCGAUACCGACGAUCGACAACUGCAAUGCCAGUCGCCUCAACAAUCAACAACACCAACCGAUUUACUCCAGCCUUUACGGGUGUCAGAAUUUGAAUUACCCGAACCACAGGCAACACAGGCGAUACCCGACGAGAAUGCGCAUUUAGCGGCUGUUGGGCUAGCACAAGUGAAAGGUGAAGCCGGUGUAGACGAUAGUCUGGUGGUGGUGGAAGAGGAAUUUUGCAAAGAAGAACCACAGACGUAUGACUUUGAAGACAAUGAUGAAUGCCUUGACGAGGGCGACCAGGGAAUUGAAUCGUACGCGCCCAGUCCUCUAAACGACGAUCUCGAAACCAACUACAAAAAACUCGUUUGCACAAAGUGUGGACGCAAUUUCAAUUCGACCAAUGCGCUGAAAUAUCACGCGCGCACACACACUGGCUUACGUCCGCAUAAGUGUGAUGUGUGUGGCAAAUCGUUCCUGGCUUUAAAUGCGCUCAAAGCGCACACGCGUGUACACACCGGCGAUAAGCCAUUCAAAUGUGAGGUUUGCCAACGUAACUUCGGGCAAUGGGGUGACCUGCAGUACCAUUUCAUAUCGAAGCACACGAAGGACAAGAAUCAUCAGUGCGAGUUCUGUGGCAAGGCGUUUUCGCGCAGAUACUCAUUGGUGCUGCAUCGGCGCAUACACACUUGCGAACGCAAUUUCAAGUGCGAAUAUUGCCAAAAAACAUUUCGUGCGAGCGCUUAUCUGCAGAAUCAUCGGAAAAUCCACACUGGUGAAAAGCCACACGAGUGCGCAGUUUGUGCGAAAAGAUUUCGCAUGCACGGUGACCUGCGCCGCCACGAACGUAUUCAUCAGCGGCCGCGCGCUAAAAAGUCAACCAAACGCGCUGUCAGCGCAAAAUAGUUAUGUAGAUCAAUCGACUGAAGCCAAAUGUAGCAAAGUGACAAUUGGCAAGAAAAAUAGUUAUGUAUGUAGAUAAGUUCAUUUGUAGUUUUAGGCCUAAGCAAAGUAGGAUACAAUUCAAAGCGUCCAUCAACGUGGCAAGUCUACAUUCAACAAUAAGCUGUAUGUAUGUAAGCUGUUUGUUUUAUAGAAUUAGCUUUCCACGACUUGUAUGCAGGUACACUGGUGCUCACAUAAUUAAGUCACUUUAUCGUUUU